CAUGCAACCACUUGCACUCACGAUCGCAUCUACAAUAUUUUCGAAGUGGGAAUAUUUAUCUCUCUUCCAUCGAUCUACCACUACACUUACUAGUGCGUGAACCAGGGUGGCAGGCGUGUUGCUUUGAUUCAGUUGUGGCAGGCAUCGUGUGAACUCGCGAACGGAUUUGUGGCGCUGGGCUUGAGUUGUUGUUCUGGCCCUUUCAAUAUUGUUGAGCUUUGAAUCAAUUUAGAUUAAUACUUGACUCAACACAAGCACCUUGCAAACAGCAGAUAGCACUAAUUCUACCGACAUUAGAAGAGGUUUCAGAGGAUGUAGAUCAUCGUUAUUGAGGCCCGCUCCGUACCAGUGUUCAACGUGCAACGAUGCCGAAGAAAGGAGAGAAGAAGGCACCUGCCCAAGCGGGCCCAGCGACCGUAACUGCAGCCCCUGAGUAUGAGCAGGCAAUGGAUAACGGUGCUAAGGUGAUCAUCCUUCACCCUGGCUCUGCAUUCUUGCGGCUUGGCAAGCAACUUGACCCGUUCCCGCGCAGUAUCCCUCACGUGAUUGCUAUUCGUCGCACUGACACUGCGAAUGAUGAAGACCGCGUACCAGACGAUGUCAUUGGAAUCAGCAGAGAAGUCUCGGAGGAUGAGAGUAGUAAACAGGACGAGGUAUACCAGUCUGUACACCAGCUUGUCAAGUCACUGCGCACUAAUGCCGGUGCACGGCGUCAGCAAGUGCCUGCGUCUCAGCUGAUCUCUACUAAUGAAGCUUGCCCUGGGAUGGUGCUGAGAGAGGACUCCGUUGCAUGGACAGAUGUCAGUGCCAGGCCGGCCUUUGUCAUCGGUGAUGAGGCAUUGCAUGUACAGCCAAGCUCGCCGUACGACCUUCACUGGCCGAUGCGCUUCAGUGACUUCAAUGUGAAUAGUGACAGUGGCUAUCCGGCUCAAUACACUCUGGAGAGUAUCUUCAAUGAUCUGGAGAAACUGUGGGGCUCUGCUAUUGAACAAUACUUAGAGAUACCACCUGAAGAGUUUCGUGAUUACAGCGUUGUUGUCCUGAUUGCCGAUAUAUUUGAACAUCGCUUCGUCAAGGAGCUCAUUUCUCUCAUCAUCAUCCGCAUGGGAUUUGAAGCUGUCAUUGUACACCAGGAGUCAGUGUGUGCUACUUACGGUGCUGGCCUCAGCAGUUCAUGUGUUGUAGACAUUGGUGAUCAGACAAUCAGUGUAUCCUGCAUUGAUGAAGGCUUGUCUCUACAGAACACACGCUUGCGUGCAGAUUAUGGUGGUCGAGACAUUACACGGUGCUUUUCGUGGAUUCUUGAAAAGAUCAAGUUUCCAUACAAGAAGAUCAACCCUCAUGGCCGCCUGGACGGUAUUCUUCUGACCCAGCUCAAGGAGAGCUUGUGUCACAUGGACCCGGAUAUCCAUGGUCUCGUGAGUCAUGAGUUUGAGGUACACCAACCUGGGAAGCAGAUCAAGAUGUUUACCUUGAAGUGUGCUGAUGAGGGAUUCAAGGCAGCUCUGGGACUGUUUUAUCCAUCUAUGAUGGGAUUGGCACCGUACCAGACCAUACAUUUUUCGCCAGCAACGCCGCAUGAUCCCGAGGAUCUUUUCGCAGACAGCUACUUUGCUGAUGUACAGUCUCAGCUUCAACCAGCUGCUAAAGUACCAACCAAGCCUAAGCCUGCUGGCGGUGCUUCGGGUAAUCUAUCAACUCCCGGCGGUGCGGCUGGCAGCGGAAAUGACAUUGCCAAUUCGCCACGCAUGUCACCUAGCCCUGCCCCAAGCACAGCUGGAAACAGUGUUGGUGGUGGCAACAACAGUGCGAUGUCAUCAGCAGCAGUACCACAGUCUGAUGCCAGCCUACGUGCAUGCAUUGCUAAGAUCCGUGCGGAGGAACAGCUGGCAGACAAUGAACUAAUAGGACUAGACAAUCUAAUCCUAGCCAGUAUAGAAUCUUGUCAUUCUGAUGAGCUGAAGAGGCGUAUGCUACAAAGCAUCUUACUAGUCGGUGGUAGUUCCAUGGUGGCCGGUAUGGCAAACACCUUACGAGCCCGCCUGCAGAUCAAGCUGCCCUACGUUAUCCCACGCAUGCCCAACACACAGGUGGAUGUCAUAGCUAAUCCAAAGGAUCAAGAUGCUCGCUUCAUUUGCUGGAAAGGUGGUGCUGUGCUGAGCUUUUUGGACAACACGCAGGAAUUGUGGAUCCGAGCGCACGAAUGGCUGCGAUUUGGCCCUCAGCUCUUACGUGAACGUGCCCCAUUUGUUUGGUCAUAGCACUCCUUCUUCCCCUUCUAGCCCUAGGUAUACAUACUUCUGCUACAUGAGUCACACACAACACACUCACACCAUCAAGAAAAAUACUCAGCGUUAUAUACGUGUUUGUACAUUGGAAUAUAUCUUUGCAUGAAGAAUCUCACAUGAAAUGUAUACAGUUUUAUGAUACACACACAUUAGUAGCUGUGAUUUUAAUGAACUUGUUAUGAAAAUUUGUACAUAUUUUCAGAAACACAAACAAAUGUUUGAAUGGUUUUAUGUUGUAUAUGUCACUUUAAUAGGUGUUUCAUUCUCUCCGUGAUUUAACAUCCGUGAAUUGUACGUAAUUUAUCCAUCGCUCUCUCCCUCGCUGUCAAGAACAAGUUGCGAUCCAACUGCAGCACACUCUCGGA